ACCACCGCAUGUCUCAAGCAUACUAUCCCAACAUCAACGGUUACGUGGGUUACGCCUAUCCUAUACCCCCACCACCCAAACCUAAGCCAGGAGUCAAACCUGUCAAUGUAUUUUCUAACGAUGGUUCUUUCCUAGACCGCAUUCGACGCAGCAUGAAGGAAAUCGACGAAAAGCGGAAGCGUGAGGAAGACCUCGAAAGAAAGAGAAACUUUGAUAACCGUUUCAGGAAUCGAGGGAAGCGACCUCACCCAGCUGCCGACUCGACCCCUGCCGACCCACCUGCCAAGAAACAGAAGUCGGGCAAUAUUUCUGUAAAGACCGAAUACCAGAAGCUUGUCGAGAACUAUUCUGGACGUAAUCUCAAAGACGAUGGCGCUGGUGGGCACACUCUCACUCGGUAGAUGCUGAAUGCGUUAUGAUUAUAGAAUCCAAGCUGAGUAUUGUUACCGCCUAAUAUCCAUGUUUAGCUCCUUCCCGUUGUACAUCUGCGUAACUGAUAGGGAUAUGACUCGAACUUUUUUGAGAAAUGAUGAAUGCUAUAAUAUGCAUGUGAUGUAACCACAUUGACAAUACAACUUUGUUUUCGUUGGUUAUGCCUCCAAAAUCCGGAAUACCU